AUUAUUUUCUGAGAAUUUAAGCUAAAAUGUUCUCAGUAAAGUUCGUUUUAAUUUUCUUGAGUUUUAAAUGUGUGUUAUGUCUGCAAAAGCAAUUUUGCUACAAUGACGAUGAGUGUCUCAUGAAUGCAGUGAUUGAGAGAGUGUAUCCACGAUUUUUGGCAGGAGGACAUGGAGUAGAGACUUCUGAUCCUCUUCACAUCGACGCCAUUGUUGCUGACCUGCCAACCCUCAGAUAUGGUCUAUACAACGCUUCGAUAAUUGGCUUUAAGGACUGUGAAUUUGUGAAAUUGAACAAUAAACGACUCAACACGUAUACGUACUUCGACUACGCAAUAACAUGUCCAGUUCUUACUCUCCAAGCGCGGUAUGAGCUUAAUGGUAUCAUAGACUCAAUCCCAGUUGAAGGCAAGGGACAAUGUAAAAUUGUUUACGAGAAAUACUACAUAUCAAUAAGUGGAAAGCAUGAAAAAGUGAAGGAUGAUGAAGGCAAAGAACAUGUAAACAUAUUGGAAUACAAAAUCGUUCCCGAUCUGAAGAACGGGAGAGUACGAGACCCUGAAUACACAGACUUAACCUUUAGCCAACACGACAAAUGUAGCGACCGUUUAAGAAUAAUAGAAGAAAUGACCCGAGACAUCGUGAUGGAUGUCUUCCUGAACAAAUACAUACAGAAUCUGAAGGAUUUCCAUAAACAUACUCCUAUUGAAGACUUACACUACAAAUAUGUUCGAUAAAUAAUUUUAUAUACUGAAGUGCGUGCCAAUAUAUAGUAUAUCGUGUUGUUUUAUUUAUUUUCUGACUGAAACACCCCAAUAACACGUAGCCCGGUCCGAGAGUAACCAGCUCCUUAGUAGUCGAAAUGACGACCACUCAUUCAAUGAAGCAGUCUAAACGAAACUCAAUAGGUAAUAGCACGGAGACUUAAAUUGUGCUAAUGCAAUAGGCACAUUAAAUGAGACUUUAGCAUUACUUGCGAAGAGUGAAUAUU